UUGAGGAUCUCAGCUGCUGGUAACGUGACGGGAUGUGCGCGCCGUACACUUCAUGGUGCUCAGAGAGGACGCGACCUGCUCCUUAGAAAGCAAUUCAAGUGGAGAACUACAAGUAGCAGACUGCUUUAAUGUGGUGCACUACAUGUCCCAGCCAUCCAUAUGUGCAUGCAGUUCCAUAAUAAAGAACAUUCAUUCACCAAAACUAAAGAUGGCCCCCAGAAAACGAAAAGGCACUACUAUGACCUCAUUGACAGCCCUGGAGAAGAUAAGGCUACUUAUAACUCUGGGAUAAGAGAUCAGUUACUUACCUACAAACUCACUGCCGAGUCCACACAGAGUGAAUAUGCCGCCCUGUUGGUGAAGAACACUGGUUUACAAGCAGAGGUUUCUGACCUAAAGAAACGGCUGACAGCCAAAGAUGUCUACCUGCAAGAAGUAAAGGAGGAAUUAGAAAAAUACAAAGAAAGAUGUGCCCGCCAGCUGUCCCAGAUGCAGACCCUCAAAGAACAUAUCAAGGAAUUGGACCAUACAUCUAGUGAAAAGGCAGAAAUCAGCGCUGAGAUACACUCUGUCCGUAGAGAUAAAAAAGAAUUAAAUGACAGGAUUAAAGAACUAGAGAACCGAUUAAGAAUUCAUCUGAUGGAAAGAGAAAAAGCUGAACAGAAAAGCAGUGGUCUGGGGAAAAGGCUACACGAAAAUAUUGAGAGGUUGUCCUCUUGUUUGAAUAUUAAUGUUGAGGAGCAUGAGGAUCCCCUGAAUGCUUUGGUGUCAAAGGCCGAGAAAUUGAUGAAAGAAUAUAAACUGCUCAAAUCCAGAAUUACAAGUCUGGAAGAUGCAUUGGCAAGCCAACAAGUGGAGUCUAAAGCCAGUCGGGACACCAUUGUGAAACUGGUGGCGGAGGCAGAAAAACUUAAAAAAAACACGGCUGAUUUUCCUGCAGAGCUUAAAUCUCUGAAGAGGGAGAGAGAUGAAACUCUUCUGGCCAAGAGGAACAUUGAACGAGAAAAGGAGAUUUUGCAAGAGAAGCUGAAGGAUAACCAUAAAGAAUGGGGCAGUUUCCACCAGGAGCUGAUGGAAAAAGAGAAGAAAAUAAAUGAUCUGGAGAGGACUGUACGUACUUUAGAUUACGAGGCUAAAGCAUCUCAAAGUCUGCACCAAAGCUUUGUUAGUCAGCUGGCUACAAUCCUGAGCAAUGGAUUUACAACUGUACCAAGAACAGAGGAAGCUGUUAAGGAGAGAAUCCAAGAAUUCUGCAGCUGUGAACAAACUUGGAAGUCUACCUGCGAAGAUCUGCAGCAGAAGAUUGUUAAGCUCAAUCAUCAAAUCGAGAAACAGCAGGAUCUGUAUCACAAUGCUGUAACCAAGUCAUAUAAAGCAGAAGAACUACUGCAAGAACAGCAGGACUCCAUGAAACAUUUAAAGGGCAAGCUUGCCUCAGAGGAAAUGAUCAAAGAUGGCUUCAACAUGGAAAGAAAAAGGCUCAAGAAGUUCUUACUGCAGCUGGCGGAGAAGAUGAAAAUAAGCCAAGACAUUUCAUCUGAGAGCCUUGUGUCACAGUACGACAUGUUACUGAACAGAGCUGAUGAAAUCUGUAAGAUGGAUAAAGAAUUUCUGAGCGAAAAUAAAACUCUUAUCUACAAUCUACAGAAGAAGGUUAAUUCCCAAAGGGAGAAACUAGAGUUAAAAAAUUCACAAAUUGAACAACUAGAAAAGAAAAUAAAACAGCAUGAAAAAGAUAAAGAGCAUCAAACCUUCCUGAGUGAAAAUUCUGCAGCUAUGACAGCCCAAAAAUUGCAGAAGAAGGUCGAAAGACUCCAGGGACAGCUCAGUGACAUAAAAAUUGCUAAUCAAAACUUGAUGGCUCAGCUUGUCGAUAUGAACGAUCUAAAGGAGAAACUCGACCAUCAGAAGAAAACUAUAGAACUUCUUAGUAAAUCUUUAGAAAAGCUGGAGAAAAUUAAGGAUAAAGCUGCUAAAAAGGUAGUGAGCCUGAAAACAGAGCUGGACUACGAGUCUGUAGGGGAGAAAGUGAGGUGUCAGCAGAUGGUGGAAGCAGUCACUAAUGAGCUGCACACCGCCAGGAGAGCCCUCGAGGAGGUAGCAAGGAGAGAAAAACAGCUUGUCGACUUCAGAGAGACCAUCACCAGAAUGAUGGGAUUUAAUAUUAACACCCUGGCUGUUCCAGAUUAUGAAAUCCUUGACCAACUAAAGCGGGUUUUACGGACACAUGGACCUAACGAUAACACCAAAACAGAUAGGUCUAAGUUGCCAUAUGGGUUUCGGACAGGGAUUGGUGAACCCGAAUACACAGUGCAGCACAUGAACCCUAGACACUAGGAUCAAAACAGAUUUCAGUAUUGGUUGCCACUGCAUCAUGACAUAAGGAGGCACAUACUAUAUAUAAGUACUGGAUGUUUUCAGAAUUUAUAUCCACAGCAUAGGUGACAAGUAUCUGAUCAGUGUGGGGUCAACUGCUGGGACCUCCACGAUUAAUAGUCCUUAGAGUGAACAGAGCAGCAGCCCGCAUGCUUGACCCACCACUGCAUUCACUCAUAUGUGACUGCUGAAGAUAGCAAAGUACAGUGCUCUGCUAUCUUCAGAAACCCCAUAGAGAGUAAAGAACAGAGGACAAGCAUGUGCACUGCCCAUUAACUUGGGAAACAAGGAACCUCUGUUAUGAUCAGUGGGGGCUCCUGUGGAUAGGUGAUAAGUUAAAAUCUUAAAUAACCCCCAUGAAUUGAAUACAUUUUUAUUUGUGGUCAAAGCAUUUUUAUUUCCAUGUAUAAGCUGUAUUCGGUAAGCGUUUAAAGGGGAGGAAAAAAAUUGUUUUAAAGGGUAGCUCCCACCAUCCUAAUUAUUUUUUUUUUGCAAGCCCGUUCCCCUCCCCCCCCCCCGCUACGGCACUAGCCCGUUCACUCCUCCCCCCCCCA